AAAAUGUAUCCAAUGAUCAGAGAGUGUUUGAACGAGUUUCUCGAUGUGUUGGACGUGUCGGCGGCCAAUGGGGCGGACAUUAACCUGAAGGACAUGCACGGGAACUUCACGAUGGAUGUGAUCGCCCGGUGCGCCUUCGCCACCAAAACCAACUCACAUAAGGAUUGUAAUAAUCCUUUUGUGGUGAACGGCCAGCGAGUGUUUAACCCGAUUCUAUGGAGACAAUUGCCGCUGUUUUUACUGCCCGGUUGGGCGCUCACAGCGCUGGGCAUUAGGUCGGGCGCAACCGAAAGCGCCCAUCAAUUCUUCCUGCAAACCACUCAACACGUUAUAAGACAGCGAAAGGCCGAACAAAAUGGUGGGAAACACAGCAAGAAAUACAAUGAUUUUAUACAACUUCUUGUGGACGCCGAGAGAGAUAAGGAUGAGUUGCACGACGAGAAUGACGCCAACGAAGCCCAUCACGUGAAUGAGGGAGAGGAAGAGUUGGCGGUUGAGAGGAAGACACUGUCGGGUAAUAUAUUGAACAAACAGUUGACAGAAACAGAAAUCAUGGCUCAGGGAUGGAUAAUAUUCGUCGCGGGCUACGAGACCACAGCCACGACAUUGACAUUCUGUUCAUACGAGUUGGCACUCAAUCCUGAAGUUCAGGAGCGCCUCCACCAGGAAGUGAUGGCUUCGGUGGACGCGAACGGAGAAAUCAGUUACGAAGAGUUGUCGAAAUUGCCGUAUUUGGAUGCCGUGCUCUCCGAAACGUUACGCCUAUACCCACCUGUGCUGCGUCUGGAGCGCAAAUCCGUGUCCGACAACUAUCAGUUGGGCGAUACCGGUGUCCGUCUAUACGCGGGCCAACCCGUGGAGAUACCCGUAUACGCCAUACACCACUCGGACGAGUACUACGAAAAGCCGGAUACGUUUAACCCUGAUCGAUUUUUGCCCCAAAAUCGGCAUAAAAUCACUCCAUACACAUACCUGCCGUUCGGCGCCGGACCCCGUAAUUGCAUUGGUAUGCGAUUCGCGCUAAUGGAGGCCAAGUUAGGGUUACUGCAAAUCCUGCAACGGUUCCGCUUCUUCCGGUCCCCACAAACAGCGGUUCCCUUAGAGUUCAAGACAAUCACUCGACUCAUAGCCGCCAAAACUGUUAUCGUUGGCAUUGAAAAGAGAUAAACUGUGUUUAUUAAACACUUUGUAAAAUAGUUUUUAGUUGUUUAGCC